ACAAUCUUGAAGAAUCUAGAUCACCACGCCGAGUUGCAAUCAGAGGCCCCGACGAGCGACAUCGUGACAACAAAGCUCAACAUGCAUCAGGUAUUGGGUGUCAGCUUUGUUGCCCAACGGGAAGGGAGAAUACCCACCCGGCUUUCAUCGCUGUGGGAUGAAAAACGCAUCAACAACAUUGAAUGCUAUGAGCACACUAUUAUAGGCACCAAAAGGUCACGGCCAGAAGACGAAGCCUUUGGGGGAAUCUUGGCGGACGAAAUGGGGCUUGGCAAGACUCUGACGAUGCUUGCCGCAGUUGCCGACAGUCUCCCAGCGUCCUGUGAGUUCCGCCGCGGAAAUCGCUUGUCGCCAAGGCCGCAAUCAAGAGCUACUCUUGUGAUUGCGCCUUCAGUACUUGUCCUCGAAGAGUGGUUGUCAGAUAUUCAAGAUCACCUUUCUUCGCGACAGCUGCGGAUCCUCAAGCACCACGGGAGCACCAAGGCUAAACAGUAGAGGAGCUCCUCGAUUACGACGUUGUCUUGUCCACUUAUCCUACCCUAGCAACCGAUCUCCGUCAAGGCGCCGGGCUGCCCUACUAGGUGACUUGGUUCCGCGUUAUCCUGGAUGAAGGCAAGUCCACACUACUCUACCCUUCCUUCAUUCAUUAGCC